UGUGUGUGCUCAACACUCGCAUUUAGUUGUCGCUGCCGUUUGUCAGUCUGCGUUUUUCGUCUCAGCUGCUGCGCGCGUGUUGUUGUGUUGUGGUAGUGUGAAUUGCGUUUGCUUUUGUAGCAUAGCUGCCCCAACGAAAACGAUAAAUUCCCGGCGAGCUCGGUCGAUUUAAUACGUCCGAAGUGACUUCUUAGUGAUGGGCACUGCUAGUGUGGAGAACUUAAAACUGCUGCGGGCGGUGGAGAAGCAGCCCCCCCUGUACGAUCGCGGCAAUGAUAACUACAGGAAGCGCCUGCCAAGCGAGAAUUCCUGGGACAUGGUUGCCUCGGAAGUCGGUGAAUCGGUGGAAAAGUGCAAGCGACGCUGGCGUCAACUGCGAAACGAUUACACCCGAUGGUGCAACGCGGACGCCCAUCGUCGCCGAAUUGGGCAACGCCGAUUGCCGUAUCCGCUGGCCGAUGAGCUGCGCUUUUUGGACCGCCAUCUUAACCUGGCCGAGGACAUCAGCUUCGACGACGAACGUAGCGUAUCAUCGGACAAAGACAGGGAAAGCGAGAGCACAGGUCGGCGGUCUCAGUCGUCCUUAAAAGAACGAGGAUCGUUGGCAAACAAGUCAGUCAAAGAGGCUAAACAGAGGCAUCAACUUCGCAAAGAAAAAUCAGCUAAUGAAGAGGAGAAAACCUCGGAACAUAACGCCGAGGAGGAGCAAGCUGAAGAGGAACUGGACGAUGCGGAGAAAUUGCCUGAACUGGAUAGUUAUCUUCAAUCGGACAUUGAAGACGACGAGUGCGAAGAUGAAGAGCACUUGGAGAAUCUAGAAGGCUUUGACUUUGACUUGGAAAAGGAUUCGUUGCCAGAGAAAGCUCAGGAAACAGAAAACGCCGAUUCACCUGCUAGCCAGUCGGAGUUCUUCAUCAAAGAAAGCAACGAUCCUCAUUUGCUAAUUAUUGGCAAGAAAAACUCUAGCGCUUCGAUUGGUGAGCCUGAGGGCGAUCCCUUGAAGGAGGGAAUGGAGGAUAGUGGCGAUGAAUGUAGCGGCGGAGAUGGUGAAAAGGAAGUCACAGCCAGCGUCAACAAUAUUUCACCCAAUCGCCGGCUUCGACGUCCAAUCCGCUCGUCAAUAUGUUCCGCUGGCAUCAAAGAGUUGCCUAUCAAAAAAUCUGUCGAAGGACAGCGAAUGACACGUUUGCAGCGCAGGAAAUCAUUGAGUAUGGCAGCCCUGCGCAGUGUAAAUAGUGCCACAUCGCCGGUAAAAAUGGCUCCAGUUCCUAGGUCGAUCAAUAAGCCGUCCUCCUCCAACCAGGUCCAGAUCAAGAAAGUGAACCAUCGCGAUGACAUCUUUCCACGUCCAUCAACUGCUGGUGAACAGAAUCAAAACCAAAACCAAUCCAAAGCCCAAGAGCAGAAGAAUUCGCUGAUCUUUCCGAAAGCCGAUGCGAUAGCUACCAUCCCAAAGGUGCCGGUUCCAUCACCAAGACGGUCCGUAGGAAGGCCGUCAAAGAAGAUGCACAUGCUCCAAGGAACGGUGGGACCCCAGCCCAGACCACAUUCGCCAGUAGCUGGGAAACUUUUAACCGUUAACAAACCAAACAGCUCCCCAGUAAAUGGUCCCAGCAACAUCAGCAAAAUAACCAAUAAAAACAACAUUAUUACCAACUUAAGCAGCAGCAGCAGCAGCAGUGCUAGCACCAUGACCAGAGUUACGACUAGCAACAGCCUAAAACCACCUGAGAACAUUACCGUGAUGAGCUACAGUCCCAGUUCGACCAGUAGCACCAGUACCAGUAAGACCACCAAUAGUCCCUCUGGUACAGUGGUUACUGCCAUACCCACAACAAGUACUGCUGCAUCAUCACUAACAGCUCCGCCAUAUGCCGCGCUACAAAAACGCACCGAGCAGGGCAUCCAAACUGACCGACCGGACGUUUUCUCCGAUGAGCACUUCCUUGAAAUGAUCAAGCCCCAAAUGCGGGAGAUGAACGCCCGCCAGAAGUUGCACUUCAAGAAGAAAGUGUUCCAAGCUAUGAUGGAGACCUUUGACGAUGCCACCGAUUUCCCAACCUCUGGAGAACUGCAGCAUUUUAAUAUUAACACACCAUCAGGAUUUGAGCACGUUUCGGAUCCGGAACUACGGCUAGUCAGGGAGCUAGUCAGUAUGGUCAGUGCCGCUAAGGUGACCAUAACUAAACAGCCAAAGGAUAAUCCAAUUGUUCGAGGUCCAGUUGUCCCAUCUGUUGGUCCUCGGGCCACACUGCAGCGUCAAGUGAUUCAGAGGAUCUACAAGCCGGGCACUGGAAUUGAGAUCGCAUCUACCAAUACGCCAGGUGGAGGACAAGAGAAGAAGAUGUUUAGAAUUCUGCAGAUGAGUGGCAAACCGAAUGGCAACCUGAACGUCUCUCUGAAUAAUCUGCGGAAGGAGAGCGUGGAUAGUAAUCAUAGUGCUAUAAGGGUUCCCAAUAACCCACCAAACGCCAGUCCCAAGGGAGCUACCGUUGUGGCCGCUGUGAGGCCCCAAGGAUCUUCGAUAAACACCUUUUUUGGGCCUACCAAUGCAACACAGGCGGUCAGGGGUGUUGGGCCCGUGAAGGUUCGUGCCAUGUCCCGGAGGUAUUCCGUGUGCGGUAGCGGUAAUCCAGCGAAUCCCCAAGCAGCCGUUCAAGGUCCAGCCAAUGGCAGCCCACUGAACUCCAAUAUGAAUGCCAUGGAGGCGAAUUUGCUUAAGCGUCGAUUGAUUGCACCAGCACAGGGAAUGGUGCCACCAUCUCAACGACCUCGCUACUCCGCUGGAAACGUAGCUGCCGUUCCACAUGGCAAUAGUUUGCUGCUGAGGAAGUCAGUUGGCGGCGUUGCCAGUAAUCAAAAGCAAAUCUCACCCACCGCCGUAGUCACAACUCCUACUCAGAAAACUCCGCAGAUCUCUAGUGUGCAAGGAGCUGUCUUUAAUGAUUUUGCCCAGCCAAAGGCUUCUGCAGCACCUUCUGUAUCCGGCGAUCAAGGUUCACCAUCCUCGGCUCUAAAGCGCAGCUUGGUGGUGGCAAAUACCAAGACCUCUUUCCAGGAUCUUCUUCAGCAACCAAGUCAGGCCGUCCAGAGGAAAAAGCAAUCUUCGGAGACAGCGGCCACUAUUGCUGCCGAUGAUUUCUCUCUAGCCAACCUGAAGCGAGAACCAGUAGAUCACAUGGACGAUGAGCACUUGGACGACUUACUCGGCAUCUAAGGAUCAGCCAAGGAGUAUUCAAAAAAAAAUUGUAAAGAAUCUUUAAGAUUAAACACUGACAAAGCAAAUUUUUGAAACAAAACUUGAUUAAUUGUUUAAAUAAAUGAAGCAGCCAAACUACUUCAUAAAUAUAUUACAUUUAUCUAAAUUUUAAAAAACAUUUACAUUUCCGAAAUUGUUAUUCAAAAAUGUAAACGACACUUCUGCAAAUUGUGUUUGAAAUUUGAUUAUUUUAAGAUAACAAUUAAAAGUUUUCAGAGCUCUUUGUUUUUACCAUUUGUAAGUAAAAAAGAAUUUCAAAUUUAUGAAAAAUUCCUAUUAUUGCAAUAGACUUGUUUUUAAGAAAUGAAACCUUUAUUUAGUUUCACAAUUUGUAUUAUAAAUAAUGAAUAGACAUUGUUUUUUUUUCAUAAUCAAAUAAAAGUUUCAAGACC